ACUCUGUGAUUACAAUUUUGAGAUCAUGACUUGAGCUGAAACCAAGAGUUUGGAGGUCCAACCAACGAGCCACCCAGGCACUUCUGGCAGUUUCUUGAAACAUUAAACACUUAUAUGACCCAGCCAUUCCACUCCUAGAUAUUAUCCAAGAUAAAUGAAAACAACCCAGAAAAGGACUUAUAUAUGAAUGCCAUUGCAGCUUUAUUUAUAAUAGCCCCAAAGUAGAAACAACCCAAAUGUCCAGCCACAGGUGAAUGGAUGAACAAAAUGAGAUAGUCAAAUGACAGAAUAUUUCUCAGUGAUAAAAAGGAGCAGACAAGUGAUACACACUACAAUGCAGAUAAUUCUCAAAUUAUGCUGAAAGAAGCGAGACAAAAAGGAUAUUUCCUGUAUCAUUCCAAUUAUAUAAUAUUCUAGAAAUGCAAAUUAGUUUAUAGCAUUAGGAAGCAGAUCGGUUGUUGCUUACAACAUAGACUGCAAAUAGGCACUUGGAAACUUCUGGGGGUGAUAUCUUAAUUGUGGUAGUUCACAGGUAGUGUAUCUUAAUUGUGGUAGUUCACAGGUGUGUACCUCUGUCCCACUAAUCAAAAUGUACACUAAAAAAGAAGAUAGUUAUUGUACAUAAACUAUACCUCAAUAAAAUUAAGAACAUGAAUUAAAUGAAAGAAGCAACAGAGACAUGAAUCUAGACACUUAGAGAGAAAGUAAUGUUGAUACUGAGUACAGGUUAUUUGAACAAAAUUUACAAUAUAACACCAUUUUCAUCUCUUGUGCGUUAGCUAAAAAAGAAAUAGAGCUACAUGAAACAUUGCAGAUAUUAAUUCAGUUCCAAGGUGAUGAUCCAAGUUUGCUUUUAAUAGAAAAAAACUGAUCAUUUAUCAUAAAAAAUUACUAAAGCUAUUGAGCAUUUUCUCCAUUUAUUAGCUGUUUACAUGGCUGGUCACAUGGCCCAGGAGCUCCUCAGAGACACGGUCUGUAUAUUUUCUUUCUCUACCCUCCGCCUAGCACAGUUUGAUAUUUACUAAAUGAAAUUUUAUUAAAAUUGAACUGAAUGGCCUUAAUUCAUAAUCGUAAUUCUUUGGAGACUUGAUUAUUAUUACUUCGUACUGAUGAACACAAGACUCAAAGCUUAAGAAAUUUGCAGUCACACUACUAAAUAGCAGAAGUAGGGACUAUAAUCCAGGCCUUCUAACCCAUAGAUAUACUGAAAUUGUCCUCUGCUUCCACCAGAGACAUCUGCCUGGGCUUUAUCUUCCUCAGGAUAUCAACUGAAUAUUUUAAACGAAUUUAAAGUUAGCUAAAGUCAAUCUCCGCUGGGCGCAUGCGUCCCUUCCUUUCCCCCUCUCACCCCACGGUGGAGACACACCAACUCGCUUCCUUCCGUCUUGACGCCUUUUGGCCCCAGCGACUCGCCGUUGCCCAAACUGAGACGUUCACUAGACGAGGUGAUGGCGACUGGGACACCAGAUUCGCAAGCGCGAUUCGGUCAGUCUGUGAAGGGGCUCCUCACCGAGAAGGUGAACACCUGUGGUACGGACGUGAUCGCGCUCACCAAGCAGGUGCUGAAAGGCUCCCGGAGCUCCGAGCUGCUCGGUCAGGCAGCUCGAAACAUGGUCCUGCAGGAAGAUGCCAUCUUGCACUCGGAAGAUAGUUUAAGGAAGAUGGCGAUAAUAACAACACAUCUUCAAUACCAGCAAGAAGCUAUUCAGAAGAAUGUCGAGCAGUCUUCUGACCUACAGGACCAGUUGAAUCAUCUGUUGAAAUAGAACAGCUUGCAAGAGGGAAAAGCUCUUCUUUGCCGGACACUGAGAAGGAAAUAUUUUACUCAGCUGCUGUCCUAUGGGUUUGAUUUUCCAUUUUCUUCUCCAAAAGUUAAGUUAGAAAAGAUUUAUGAUGGUGUAUAGUUUCUCCUGAAGAGAAGCUAGGUGGUUGAAUUUUGGAAGUACUUCUUGAGGCUAAGUCAUGCUCUUACUGAUUUUUUUAAUUGCUCUCUUUAGUUUGAUGUUAAAGCAAAAUUAAAGAGGUCUUAGUUUUUUCCCAUAGAGCUUUUAUAUGUCAAAAGCUAUAUCAUCUAAAUGUGAUUCUUUUUUAAAAAUGUGAUUCUUAAGCAAAUGCUGAAUGAUGUUUUAAAUUCAGAAAUAUGGCUUCUGUUGUGAAAACAGGAAUGCUUAAUAUUGCUUUAAAGACUUUUUUUCUUUUAAUCAUACAUUCAGGAAAUUUCAUGGUCAUGGAAUGGUGAUAGGUAGUAUCUGUUCUUUUCUAUUAACUCGGAGGAGAAAUAUACUUUAUUCAUUGUAGCAAUUCUUAAAUGAAAAGUAGGCAAAUGGUAUAUCUGGCCAGCUUUGACCCCCUGCCUUGACCUGCACUCCUAGUUUCUUUGUUGUGACUCUUGAUUAGUUGGCCUUGGGUUCAUUUUGUAAUUUUGCUAGUCAUCAGCAGAUUCACUUGUAGAACAUUAUUGCCAAGUGCAAAGGCAGUUGAAUUACUGGGAAUGAUUGCAGUGUAGGGUUGUGCGAUGGUGAAAACCAUAUGUUUUCAGUUAUUUGCCCUUGUUCAUCUAAUUCCGCUUGCUGAAGGUCUUUGUUUGAAUUUUAAGUGGGACUCCAUUGUGUUCUAGUUCAUUUCUUACUUCACUGAAGAAUUAGGAGAAAGCUGACAUAAGAAAAUGGUGUUUUCAGGGAAAGAAAAAAGGCAAGUAAGAGUCCAAUUUAAUUCCUACUGUAUAUCAUCAAGUCGAUUAAUCAUAUUAGGUUGUAUUUAUCCCUCAUUAUACCUGUACACAUCAACUUACAGCAAAAGAAAAACAUAGGUACGAAGGAAUUCAGUUAUGCAUUUAUUUCAUAAGCUCUCAUUACAGUUACUAAAUGUAAAUGGGUUCAAUUCACCUUCAAAAAGAAGGGUCACGAAUUGGCAGCAAAUGUCACGUUAAGAGUAAAAUAUUUGAAGCAUUAUUACUGGAUGUUACUGCCACUGUUGCUACUCAGCGUUUUGAUAGAGACCAUGUCUAGUGCAGAAGUUAAAAGUAAGUAUAGCUAAUGGAGUGCCUGGGCGGCUCAGUCAGUUGAGUGUCUGCCUUUGGCACAGGUCAUGAUCCCAGGGUCCUGGAAUCGAGCCCCGAUUCGGGCCCCCUGCUCAGUGGGGAGGCUGUUUCUCCCUCUCCCUCUGUCUGCCACUCCCCUUGCUUGUACUCUCUCUCUGUCGAAUGAAUGAAUGAAUGAAUGAAUAAAUAUCUAAAAAAAAAAAAAGCUAUUAGCAACAAAGAGACAAAAUUAUUAUCAUGUGUUAGGAUUAUCUGCUUAGGAAAUCCAAGGACUGAUUUCUUUUUAAAAGGGUCAUUGAUUUGGAAAACAAAACAAAGUUCAAUUAUCCAAGUAUACAGGAUGCAAAGAAAUACCUAACAUGACAUUUGUAAAAUAUUAAAAAUUAAAAUGAAGUUAUUGUCUGUUUCCCUCAUCAUGCUAGAACAAAUAGUAAAGCAGCAGUGACUGCGUACAUUAUACCUCAUAAAUUUUGCCCUCAAAGUUUUAAUGGUAAAUAUCAAAUUUACAUUAAAUAAUGAAAGCCUAGUAGUACUAAGUUUAGUCAUUUUAAGGAACAUAAUGCCAAAAUACAUGGAAGAAGAAUAGUCAGAAAUGUAUGAGUAUUCAGAAAUUUAUACAUAAUUUGAUUCUAUAUCUGUUACAGAAACAAAUGGGUUAGGUAGAAUUAAAUGGCGAUCAAACAUGUAGAAACAAAAAAUACUUCUUUAAAUAACAUCUGGGUUGUAGAGGAUAUGUUGAAGGCUAGUAUUUUUAAAAAUAGUGAAAUCUCAAAUUCUAUGCAAGAAAAUUAAUGUGAUAAUACCUAAGCAGUACUAUAAAGAAAAAAAAAUCAUGCUUUAAAUCUCUGUAUUAAGGAAAAGUGUGAAAUGUUUUCUUUUUAAGGUGUUUGUGGUUAGAACUUAAAUCAAAAUAGAAUAAGAAAACCAAGAAUGAAUGAUAAAAAUUUGAAAAAAUAUAUGAUAUCAUUAAUUUGUUUUUUUUUUUUUUAAAGAUUUUAUUUAUUUGACAGAGAGAGAGAGAAAACAAAGAGAUAGCGCAGCAGACAGAGGGAGAGGGAGAAGCGGGCUUCUGAAGUGGGGCUUGAUCCCAGGACCCUGGGUUCAUGACCUGAGCUGACAGUAGAUGCUUAAUCAACUGAGCCACUCAGGCACCUCACGUUAAUUGGUUCUUACAGAUUAAAUUGGUAAAGUAUUGGGACACCUGACUGGCUCAGUCGGUGAAGCGUGUGACUCAUGAUCUUGAUGUUGUAAAUUCAAGCCCCAAAUUGGGUGUAGAGAUUACUUAAAAAUAAAAUCUUAAAAAAAAAAAUUAAAUUGGUAAAGUAUCAGCUCAAUCUGAAAGUUCAAAUCAGUAAAUUUAUAAUUGAAAUGGAGACAAAUAAAAUAAAUCAAUUAGAUUUUAAAAGCAUGACCUGUCAGCUUGAUUCUAAAGAUUUGAUUACUAGUGUCAAAAUGUCCAGCAUCUUUGACGAUAUAAUAUUACAGAACUACCAUUUAAAAGAGAAUAUGUCCAGGGGGACCUGGCUGGCUCAGUCAGAAAAGCAUGUGACUCUUGAUCUUGGGAUUGUGAGUUUGAGUCCCAUAUUGGGCCUAGAGCUUAUUUAAAGAAAAAAAAAAGUCAUUUGCCUGUAAUAGCUUUCCUGAGAAUUUUCCAAACUAUCAAAGAACUUCCAUAUACUCCUGAAGUAUAGAAAACAAGAGCAAGAUACACAGUUCAUUUGCUGAAGUAAAUAUGACUUUCACUUUUAUUUUUAUUUAUUUAAAGAUUUUAUUUUUAAGUAAUCACUGCACUCAACAUGGGGCUCGAACUUACAACCCUGAUGUUAAGGGUUGCAUGUUCUACUGACUGAGCCAGCCAGGUGCACCAAUGACUUUCUUUUUUUUUUUUUAGGAUUUUAUUUAUUCAUUUGAGAGAAAGAGAGCGCACGAGCGUGUGUGUGUGUGUGUGUGUGUGUGAGUUGUGGGGAGGGGCAGAGGGAGAAGCAGACUCCCCUAUGAGCAGGGAGCAGGAUGUGGGGCUCAAUCCCAGGAUCCCGAGAUCAUGACCUGUGCCAAAAGCAGAUGUUCAGCCAACUGAAUGACUCAGGUGCCCCAUUUAAAAAUUUUUUUAAAUUUUUAAAAAGAUUUUAUUUAUCAUUUUAAAAAAGAAAAGCAAAAUAGCAUAAGAAAAUUUAGGAGAUUCUUAUUCAUUAACAUACAUGCAAAAAUCGUAAUAAAAUCUCAGAAAAAUUGAGUAGAGAAAUAUUUUUGAAGAAUUGCUAAAAUAAUUCCAGAAUUGCAGUUGAUGUAACAGCUACAAAACCCGUUACAUUAUUAAGAAACAUUAAAUCAUCUAUCACUGUAAUAUACACCAAAGAGCCAUUUGAAAAAAUUAGCUUUUUUUUAACACAUUUUAUUUAUUUAUUUGAAGGAGAGAGAGAAAUAGCGAGAGAGAGAGAAUGAGAAGGGGAGAGGGAGAAGCAGGCUCUGUGCUGAGCAGGAAGCCCAAUGCAGGACUCGAUCCCAGGGCCCCAGGAACACGACCUGAGCUGAAGGCAGAUGUUUAACCGACUAAGCCACCCAGGCACCCUGAAAAAAUUAACUUCUAUUUCUUUUUUUUUUUUUUUUAAAGAUUUUAUUUAUUUAUUUGACAGACAGAGAUCACAAGUAGGCAGAGAGGCAGGCAGAGAGAGGAGGCAGCAGGCUCCCUGCUGAGCAGAGAGCCUAAUGCAGGGCUUAAUCCCAGGACCCUGGGAUCAUGACCUGAGCUGAAGGCAGAGGCUUUAACCCACUGAGCCACCCAGGCGCCCCUUAACUUUAUUUCUAAUUAAAACAAAACAAAACAAAAAAGAAAAUCUUCUUUCUAAAGAACCAACAUAUGGUGAAUAUUGAAUAUUUGGUGAAGGAAAAAGAAUCAUAGAAUCCCAAAAUCUUAGCUCUGUAUCAGACCUCAAAAGUGACUGAAUUCUGGCCCCACGUUUUACAGAUAAGAAAACAUAGCCGGGGACAUGACAUGACUUACCCAAAGUUACCGAGUUUGGUGAUAGGUUUUUUGAGUAUUAGUCUAGCUCUUUAUCAUCUGUUACUUUCCUUACAAAUAGAAACAUGGGUGCUACUUGUCCUUCUUAGUAUUUAACACAGUACAGAAGAAAGGAUCUUGGAGGUAACUGAAUCCAGUGUGUUUCCCUGCCACUGCGUCUCUAGCAAGUGAGCCUCCAGCUGCUCAUCUGGCCCCUGCUUGAAUGCUUCCAGUGGGGGAAACUUUACUUAGGGAUGCUGGCCAUUUUGGAAAGCUCUACUUCUUUAGAGACAGUCUGGGUACUGAACCAAACCUGCCUUUCUGGACCAUUCUGUAAUGGUCAGACCCGCAGCUUCCAAGGUAGGAUAUGUGGAGGUACGCGCAAGGCCAUCCUUGGAGGUAAGGGAAGAAAAUAAUGAAAAUUUCUAUGUAUGUUUAUUUUUCAUCUUAAGAAACUUAGGUUUUGCUAAUAUUUAAAAUAUGACUUGGUAUGAGGGCUCUAAUGUGGUCUCCAUAGCAUACUGAUUUACACAGCCUGUCAUUUAGCGGGGGUGAUCUUAAAAACAAAAACACCUAUGACUGGUACACUGACCAAUCAGAAUGGAUGAUGGCUACAAGCAAUCUGGCCCAGAAUCAGCGCUAUACACUAGAUACCUGAUGGAAAACUUGGAAUCAUUCAAUUAAAGUUGAUGGUGGUUUGCUUUA